AUGUUCCAUCAGUUCUCUGACGUCCCUGGUCCUUUUAUUGCGUCCUUCUCACGACUAUGGAUCGCUUGGUCCGUUGCUACAGGGGAUGCAGAAAAGGUUCAACGAGAACUCCACAAGAAACACGGACCGCUAGUCAGAAUUGCGCCCAAUGAGGUGGCAAUUGCGGACCCCUCUGCUGUCGAGACCAUCUAUAACAUCAAGUCUGGAUUCACCAAGACAGACUUCUAUCCCCCUUUUGCCCCAAAUAUUACUCGACACGGCGACCAUUUCUCGCAGAUGGAUGAGACAAAGCAUGCGGAAAGGAGGAAAUACGUGAAUUCAAUCUAUUCCAUGUCAACAAUCCUGGAGAGUGAAGACUAUAUCAAGGAUUUUAUCGAUGUCUUUCUGAAGAAAAUGUCCAAACUCAGCAGUCAAGCACGCAAAGUUGACUUUGGUGAAUGGAUUCAGUGGUUUACGUUCGAUGUAGUUGGUGAACUCUUUUUCGGGUUUCAAUUUGGCUUCAUGCAAGACGAGCAUGACUAUGGCGGAUAUAUCGAGAACCUGGAUACAUUGUUGCCAGUAAUUGCACAGUCAUGCGUACUUCCUGCAUAUCUUCGGUAUUUUCAUUCCAGUAUUGGUAUGCUGUUCCCGACUAUCCGGAAUUCAAACCAAGGAUUUGAUGAAAUCAGGGAAGCUGGGAGAUAUUGGACCAACAAGCGGCAGAAGGAGAUGCAAGCUAGAUCGGUGAAGCGCACUGACUUGUUGGCCAGGUUUUUCAAAGUCAAUAUUAUUGGAAAGUGA